AUGAGAACUUCAGAAGAAGAAAAAGAUUACGAAAAAGUUCAAAAUGAAGACGAUUCAAAUCCUCCUACAAAGAAGGAAUUAAUAGGGUGGUAUUUUCAUAAUUUGGGUGUUGGUGUUUAUGAUGUUGCUGCGAUAACAG